UUGAAAAGCUAACCAUACAAUUCACUAACCGUCUCCUCCCCCAGGAAACCCUGUCCUACCAACCCACCACCUUCUACCCUUCAAACUCCUCUGAACCCUGAGCCAAAAUUCUGUCUUUUUGGUGUUUUCAUGAUCAUCUUUGCAGAGCACAGAUUCUUGUGUGCAAAUAUUCAUGCUUGAAUAACCAAGAAGGACCCAAUUUCUGUGACCUUGGAGAGCUCACAAGACCCAACCAGUGUGAAUUUCAUGGCAGAAAUGAAUGGUGUUUUGGUCUUGGUGUUGAUGAUGAUGAUGAUUUCAGUCUCUGGUGCUGUCAAGAAGCAGAGCAUGGUGGAAACAAAUGGGUUUUUGGUUCAGAAGCACUUGAAUCGUUUGAACAAGCCUGCUGUCAAGUCAAUUCAGAGCCCAGAUGGUGACAUCAUUGACUGUGUUCAUAUGUCUCACCAACCAGCUUUUGAUCAUCCCUUUCUCAAGAAUCACACAAUUCAGAUGAGGCCAAAUUAUCAUCCAGAAGGGCUGUUUAAGGACAGCAAAGUUUCCACACUGAGAGCCAGGAAGAAAGGGCCAAAACCAAUUUCUCAGCUUUGGCAUUUUAAUGGAAGUUGUCCAGAAGGAACUGUUCCUGUGAGAAGAACAAAGGAGGAGGAUAUCUUGAGAGCCAGUUCUAUCAAGAGCUAUGGAAAGAAGAAGUUUAGAACUGUUCCCAAACCCAAGUCUGCUGAUCCUGACAUGGCUACCCAAACUGGGCACCAGCAUGCUAUAGCCUAUGUUGAUGGAGGCAAGUACUAUGGAGCAAAAGCAACCAUAAAUGUGUGGGAGCCUAAAAUUCAGCAGUCUAAUGAGUUCAGCUUGUCCCAGCUUUGGAUUUUGGGGGGUGAUUUCAAUUCAGAUCUCAACAGCAUUGAAGCUGGUUGGCAGGUUAGCCCAGACUUGUAUGGAGAUCACAACACAAGACUUUUCACCUACUGGACAAGUGAUGCCUAUCAAGCCACUGGUUGCUACAAUCUGCUUUGCUCAGGCUUUAUUCAGAUCAACAACGAAAUCGCCAUGGGAGCCAGCAUUUCCCCUCUUUCCAGCUACCAAAGUUCUCAAUAUGAUAUCAGCAUUCUUGUCUGGAAGGAUCCAAAAGAGGGCAAUUGGUGGAUGCAAUUUGGGAAUGAUAAUGUGUUAGGGUACUGGCCAGCAUUGCUGUUUUCUAACCUUAAAGACAGUGCUUCGAUGGUGGAGUGGGGCGGGGAGGUGGUGAACGGGGAGCCAGACGGGAUGCACACCACAACACAAAUGGGCAGUGGGCAUUUCCCUGAUGAAGGGUUUGGGAAGGCUAGCUACCUCAGGAACAUUCAGAUAGUUGACGAGUCGAACAACCUAAGGGCUCCUGAAGAUCUCGGCACUUUCACCGAGAAUUCCAACUGCUAUGAUGUGAAACUCGGGAAUAAUGACAACUGGGGGAGCUAUUUCUACUUUGGAGGGCCCGGGAGAAACCCGAAAUGCCCAUGACCAAGUUGCUCGAAUUCUAUGUAGACAUGAAAGCGUUUUCGUGGUUAUUUCACUAGUAUAGUUCUUGCAAUUUGCAAAACCUUUUGCUUAGGUCCAGGUUUUUUACACUAGAGUACUAAUAUAUGAAACCAGCAUCCUUGUAAAAAGUGUCCAAGAAGGUCAUAGCAGAACAGAAGGGCGCGGCUAAGGUUUCUCCCGGGUUGAUUCUUUUAUGUGUUUGUUCGGCCUGCAACUUAUUGGAACUUAUCUAUGCCAAAAAGCUGUAAGUUUGCACCUGCUAUUCAUGUUAAAUGUAACUAUCUGGUUAUAUUCUUGAUUGGUUCUGUUGAAUAUCUGAUCAGAAUAAACUUUUCAAGGCAAAAGCUUCACAAGUUCACAGGUUU